AUGCUGUUGCAAUAAUCAAGAAAGAGUGUAGCUUAACCUUAAUAAUAAACAGCUUCAUCUCAUACUAUCAAGAUGAUUUCUGAAAAAUGGAAAAGGAUAUCAUCAGAAGUUGAUAAUCAAAAAGCUAGCAGACUCUAGUAACUAUAAGAAAAAAUGAAAUAGAUUGAGAAACAAGCCUUAGCUGUUAACAAUAAUGAAAUCAAAUAAUUAUAAGAUUCAACAAACACUCUCAACCAAAAUGUUUAGGAUCAUUUGACCCAGGAAUAUAAUCACAAGUCAUAAAAAACUUAUGAAAAUACAAAAAAUUCUUUAGAAAAGAGUCUACAGCAAUAAAAUCAGUAAUCAUAAGAUAUGGAGAAGAGGCUAACCCAUCUACUUGAUUGGAAUCAUCUUUAGGACUAGUUGUCAAGAAAUGAAUCUCAAUAUGAUUUUGGUCUUCAAAACAAAUUAUAAAUGAUUGCUGAUUCGGUUAAUUAGAUUGAAGACAUUCUAGAAGGUGAAAGGGAACAAAGAUUGCAAUCCUUUGAAUAAAUAGAGAGUGAAUUAGAACAAAAUCUAUUUUAACUUAAAUAAUAUAUUUCUUAAGAAUCUAGUCUAAGGAGAUAAAAGGAAAACAAAAUAUUUGAUAUGAUUAAUGAUGUGCAUCAGAACUUAUCAUUAAUGUUGUAGGAUGAAAAGAAAGAAAGACAGAUCAUGACAAACAAUUUGAUGCAAUUAAUGGAUGAUGCAUGUCUUAGAAUUGAUAGAAGUCUAAGUUCAUUUUGA